GGUACGGUGGAAAAUCUAUAAAAGGGGCAAUCCAAAGGGCAAAGGUUGAGAACAAUUGGAUUUGGCCUUUUCCCUCUUUGUAGUAUCUUCAGACCGCAAGACUACAGAGAGAUUUCAUUUCCGAACUGAGGAUCAAUGGCGACGCCGGGAGGAAUUCGUGAAGUCGAGGGGAAGGAGAACAGCCUCGAGAUCGAUGGCCUCGCUCGUUUUGCCGUCGAGGAGCACAACAAGAAGGAGAAUGCGGUGCUGCAGUUUGUGAAGGUCGUGAAUGCGAAACAGCAGGUGGUUGCGGGUACUGUGUACUACAUCACCGUUGAAGCAACCGAUGGGGGUGUCAAGAAGGUAUACGAAGCUAAGGUUUGGGUGAAGCCGUGGAUGAAUUUCAAGGAGGUCCAGGAAUUUAAGCUCGUCGGAGACGCCCCCGGCGAAGCUAGUGCUUAGCUUCAUGUUUCAGGGUGACUGAAGAUAUGUAUAGGCCUGCUUGCGGUUUUCUAGGAGGGACCAAAGUAAAAGGCACAUAAUAAAGUUGAAGGUGUUUCCACUUUACGAAAAGAAACUACUUUUUUUUUCCCUUUCUUCUGUAUUUGCUUGUAAGGACAUAAGAAUGUUGCUACCGGUGUCCCCAUCUUUAUGUCGAAGUGUAGAUCUUGAGACA